AUGGCUGAAAAUCAACCAAGGCCGGAUAAGCCGUCUUUCACAGACUUCUGGCGGAACAACGAAAGCAGAGGCUCUCCCAAGCAAUUAACUUUUGUCCCGUAUAACCAUAACAUUUCAGGCAGAAAGAAAUGCCUGACAGGGAAUAAGGAAGAGACAGGAAGUCAAGAAGAAUAUUCUCAGGAACGGGCUCAAGCUAGAAGAUCUCAAGUGAGAAAAGCACAGCUUCAGCACCGACAGCGGAAAGCCGACUACGUCUUGCAGCUCCAGUCAGAUAUCAACGCGUUGAAGAUAGACAUUGAUGGUAUUGAGCUGGAGAGGCAGAUGCUGGCCAAGGAGAACGAGGCUAUAAGGGAGAGUAUCUCCGCGGCGACUACGCCGCGACCAGGCAAUUCCUCUCGGAGCGGGACUACCGUGACAUCAUUCCAUGGAUACUUUGGGGGUUUCGAUGUGUAUGACCCCUGGACUAUGCAAGCGUACCAACCCAUCUCUUCUCCCGGUUGGCGCAUUGUUGGAGGAAGCUAUGGCAAUGCUUGCCAUUGGGACAUGGAGGCUUGGGGAGUACAAUUUUAUGAGGGUGUUUCAGUUCAGGGCAAUGUUGGGGUUUGUGACGGUUUCUUUGAUCACCCAAUAACAGCUUGGAGAGAUUACAUUGGGAAUGACGGGAGACACAUGUAA